AUGCACGCCGUGGCAAAAGCGCGGUCAACUCAACUACUUACUACUUCACCACUUCACUACUUACUACUCACUUCCACUGCAAUGGAUAUCAUCUUGGGCAUCAGAGUGCAAGGCGCCACGCUCAUCGCCACGUCCAAGGCCGCCACGCGCGGCAUCUCCAUCUUGAAAGACACCGACGACAAGACCCGCGUGCUCAAUCCCCACAACUUGGUGGCCUAUACGGGCGAGUCGGGCGACACAGUCCAAUUUGCCGAAUAUGUCCAGGCCAACAUCCAACUCUACACGAUGCGCGAGAACCACGAGUUGUCGCCUCAGGCGACGGCGUCGUUUGUGCGCAACCAGCUUGCCACGUCGAUCCGGUCAAGAAAACCGUACCAGGUGAACGUUUUGAUUGGCGGCUACGACACCAAGACGGGUGCGGCGUCGUUGAACUGGAUCGACUACCUCGGCACGCAGGUCGAGUUGCCCUAUGCGGCCCACGGCUACGCUGCGUUCUACUGCAUGUCUUUGUUUGACCGCCACUAUCGAGCAGACAUGUCUGUGGACGACGGGUUGGAGUUGAUGCGCCGCGGCUUGAAGGAGUUGGAGACACGCAUGCCGGUGGACUUCAAGGGCGUCUACGUCAAGGUCGUGGACAAGGACGGGAUCCGGCCCGUGGACAUCUGA